AUAAGCUGGAAGUAUUAACUUUUUAAUGUUACGCUCACGGACCGCGUAUUUGUCAUGUGGCGAAUCUCUGUUAAAAAACUUUGUGCUUUUUGUCUCUGCGCGUGUGCGUUUGUGUUUUUAAUCAUGACAUUUCAGGUUGUUGAGGAGCUGGGCCGGUUUGAGCAGGCCCACAGCAGACGGCAGGUCCCGGGACAGGCCGCUGAGGGCCCGUACCCUGUGGUCGUGUGGUGGUCUCCUCUGACGGGAGAGCUGGGACGCCUCGGACACUGUGGCCGCAACAGAUGCUUCUUCACUGUUAACAGGUCCUAUCAUUCACAUCCACAGACAAAAGCUUUUCUUUUCUAUGGUACCGAUUUCAGCGUCGACAGCCUCCCUCUUCCGAGACACGAGCAGCACCAGUGGGCGCUGUUUCACGAGGAGUCACCCAAGAAUAACUACAAGCUUUUCCACGAGCCGCUCAUUACCCUGUUCAACCACACGGCGAGCUUCAGCCGGCACGCUCACCUGCCCCUCACCACACAACACCUGGAGGGCAUCCGCGCGCUCACCGCACACACACACCUGCUCCCUCUGGCCUACAAAAACCAGCUGAGGAAAACCCUGGCGCCUGUGGUGUACGUCCAGUCGGACUGCCACCCGCCGUCCGAUAGAGAUGUCUACGUUCAAGAGCUGAUGCAGCACAUUCAAGUAGACUCGUACGGCCAGUGUCUUCAUAAUAAAGACCUGCCGCCCCAUCUGAGAGACUCCACUGCAAUGGAGGAUCAGGAUUUCUACCAGAUCCUCGCCCAGUACAAGUUCGUCCUGGCCUUUGAGAACGCCAUCUGUGAGGACUAUAUCACUGAGAAACUGUGGAGGCCGCUCAAGCUAGGUGUUGUGCCAGUGUAUUACGGAGCACCCAACGUACACAUGUGGCUGCCGGAUAACAGGAGCGCGGUCGUGGUCCAUCCCGACGAGCCGCCGGAGAAGCUCGCUCAGUAUCUAAAGAGGCUGGACAAGAAUGACUGGGAAUAUCUCAAGUUCCUGGAGUGGAAGCACAAGCGUGAAAUCUCGAAUGUGAAUCUGCUGACAGAACUGAAGGAACGUCCGUGGGGUGUUCAGGAUAUCGGUCAGGAUAACUUCAUCGACGUCUUUGAGUGCAUGGUGUGCAACAGGGUCUGGGAGAAUAUCCACAGGCAGGAAAAGAAGCUGCCGUCUAAAGUCUGGCGGGCUGAAGAGAGCCACCUCAGGUGCCCAUCUCCACAACUGUUUGACUUUGCCGAGAGCUCAAGCUCGCCUCUUCGGCAGAUGUGGAGGUCCAGCUAUGAGCAGUCCAAGAGAGAAGCCAUAGCGCUCGGACUGAUGCUGCGCAGGAACAGAAACUUCACCGCCACACAGUUCUGGAGAGAAGUCUUCACCGACCCCUCCUGA